AUGAGGGGCAGCUCCCCGCGCACCGCCGGGGAACCUUCCUCCGCUCCCGGCCCAGUCAGGGUCGAGCCUCAGGCGGGAUCCAGGGGCAGGCGGGAUCUAGGGCCGGUCAGGAUCAGCCCCAGCCCCAGCCCCAGCCCCAGCCCGCCAAGGCCGCGGGCGGGCGGCGGGCGCGGCGCUCCCUCUGGUGGGGACUGGGCCCUAGUGCGCGUCGGCGGCGGCAGGGCGGGCCGGGCUGGGGCGGCCGCUGCGAUGAAAUUCCCGGGCUCCGUCCUCGUCUCCCUCGUCCUCUUCUUGUCCGAGACGGCGGCCGCGCUGUGCCUGAGCGCGGGGUACCGCGACGAGGGGGACGGCAUGUGGCAGGUGCUGACGCUGCUCUUCGCCCUCGUGCCCUGCGUGCUGGUGCAGCUCAGCCUUCACUUCAUCCACCGCGACGUGAGCCGCGACCGCCCGCUGGUGCUGCUGCUGCACCUGCUGCAGCUGGGGCCGCUCGUCAGGUGUGUGGAGGCCUUUUAUAUUUACUUCAGUGCUGAAAGAGUUGAAGAACCCUAUGUCAGCAUCACAAAGAAGAGGCAGUUGCCCAAGGAUGGGUACUCAGAAGAAAUUGAGAAGGAAGUGGGGCAGGCUGAAGGCAAGCUGCGCACACACAGGUCUGCGUUCAGCAGGGCCUCUGUGAUCCAGGCGUUCCUCGGCUCAGCGCCCCAGCUCACGCUCCAGCUCUACAUCUGUGUCCUGCAGCAGGAGGUCACGGUUGCCAGAAGUAUUUUUAUGGUGCUUUCUCUCCUGUCGAUUGUUUAUGGCGCCUUACGCUGCAACAUCCUGGCUAUUAAGAUAAAGUACGACGAUUACGAUGUCCGUGUGAAACCUGCUGCCUACCUCUGCAUAUUCAUGUGGAGGAGCUUUGAGAUCGCCACGCGGGUCACAGUGUUGGUGCUUUUCGGUUCAGUCCUUCGAGUCUGGGUUUUCCUCGUCGUGCUGCUGAAUUUCUUAUGUUUCUUCUUCUACCCGUGGAUUCAAUUCUGGCUUAGCAAGUCUCCAUUUCCUGAGAACAUAGAGAAGGAAUUGAGCAGGCUGGGCACUACCAUCGUCCUGUGCCUUCUCACGUUCCUGUAUGCUGGCAUUAACAUGUUCUGCUGGUCGGCAGCUCAGGUGGAGCUCAGUGACCCUGACUUGAUUAGCAAAUCCCAGAACUGGUACCAGAUGACCGUGUACUACAUCGUGCGGCUGAUGGAGAACGCCUUCCUCCUGCUGAUGUGGUACAUUUAUAGAACAGACUUCUACCUGUAUGUCUGCGCCCCCAUGCUGUUCCUGCAGCUCCUGAUAGGUUACUGCAUGGGCAUCUUCUUCAUGUUGGUGUUCUACCAGUUCUGUCACCCAUGCAAAAAGCUUUUCUCUUCCAGCAUAACCGAAGCUUUCCUGUCGUGUUUCAAGAUCCUCUACUUCAUUUGCCAGCACCACAAAACUACUCUACUGAAAGGCAAGGUGGCGAUGAAAUCUCCUGAAAAUACUGAUGAAGCACAGGGCAGUAGCAAGAUAAUAGAUCCUCCAAACACGAGUAUUCAUCAAAGUGCUUCUUCCAAUGCCUAG